CUUGUGGACAUUGCACAAGGCCUGGAAUAUCUACAUUCACAUGGAGUUUGCAUGGUGAUAUCAAGGGUGCGAACAUAUUGAUAGACGAAAGACUCCAUGCAUGUCUUGCAGAUUUCGGCCUGUCAGCAGUCACCUAUGAUCCAAAUACCGUGAACGCCAUCUCGACAUCUUGAGUGUCAACGGGUCCAUUCGGUGGAUGGCGCCCGAGCUCCUCAACCCGGAAGAAGCAGGACUGGAACAUGCGAGGCCGUCUCCCGAAAGUGACAUAUACUCCUUUGCCAUGGUUAUGUGGGAGGUAUUCACUGGUCGGAUCCCGUUCUUCAACCUCACGCGCGACGCAACCGUAGUCUUCCGUGUGAUCCUCGGUAUCCGUCCUGAACGACCGGCAGCUGCAACCCCGUUGGGCUUAUCUGACGAUGUCUGGACCCUGAUGGACAAUGGCUGGGGCCCGCAAUGGCACAGACGUCCGCGAAUCAGACAUGUGCUGGAGAUUUUACGGGAGAGCUUACGACGCUAUGGCUUAUUCGGUACCCAUCCACCGACUUGGCCCCUUGCGGACGAUCGCUACACACCUUCCAGCCAAACCGACGUACCUAUCGACGUUCAGAGCACAACUGUGCCAGAUUUCACCCAACCGCGGGCCGGGACGUCGAAAGCGUAUACCCGUCUAGCUUCGCCACUACGACCCAAUGCUAGCCAACUCCCCAGUAAAUGAGGAUGCUCCUGACUACGAAGACAUUGUCAAUUUAGUGAGAGACAUGUCCUUCGGGUCCGAAACCUCACCUGCCGCCGCCGCCGCUUGGGACUGCAUUGCCGAUGGGCAAGCUUGGAUAUGAAUCAUCACCUGUACAUACCAUC